CCACCAUGUCUUCGAUUGCUGCUAUGGCCGCCCGCCGGGCUCUGGCUCGCCAGCCUCUCAUCCGCGCUCCUCCGCGCCGCUUCAUGUCGGCCUCCAAGUUCGAGGAGGCCGGUCUCGACAAGGCUCCCAAGAGGGACCCCGAGCUCUACGUUCUGCUCGGUAUCAUGUCCGGUGCCUUCAUGAUCGCUGGAUGGUACUUCGGCACCAAGCCCACCUCCGUGAGCUCCGAGUCCAACGUCCGCAUCGGCGAGUCUGCCAUGCCCUGGCACGCCACCUCCGAGGAUGGCAAGUUGUACAAGUACCAGUACCACCCUAAUGGUGACAAGAACCAGCCCCUCCGCGCUGCCCCCAGUGCCAUGAACACUGUCAUUGUUCCCAAUGUCACCCUGCCCGAGGACCUCCACGAGAAGUUCAACAAGUACGGCAAGGAGGAGUGGGACUACUAAACGGUUCCAGAGGAACCUUUUAAACGAUGAUGCUAGAGCGAACCGCUUCUGCGGUCGGCUGCUGUAUACUAGGAAUGUGGUGAAGGAGAUUACUAGUAGUGUCUGGACUUUGCGAUUACCAGAGAUUUGUCCAUAGUGUUCAGAUAAAGAGUCAAUUGGGAAUCAGCCUCUUUUCUUA